AUGGGCAUUUGUGCUUUAGAAACUAAAUCUGAUGUAAACUACUAAUUAGAAAUUCAAGAAAUUAAUUAUCAAUCAACUUCAAAUGGUAAGGUACAUGAAGUUCAAAAUCAGUUAACAUUGGAUGAAAAUUAGGCAGCACUAAAAAUAUAAAAUAGUUUUAGAGUCAAGUAAGCCAAGUAAGAGGCUGAAGAGAAAAGAAAUGAAUUACUAUUAGAUUCGCCAAAAGAUUGGGUUGAGUAUAAUUAAAAAUUUAUAACUCCUGAGUUGCCAAAAUAAUUCAAGGAACAAGUGAAGAAAUCCUUAACUAAGGAAGAUAGACUACUUAAUCCAAUGUAAGCAUCGGAUGGUAGUAUUUAUUCGGGUCAAUGGAGUAGGGGCAUGUAAAAUGGUUAUGGAUAGAUGAUGAAAUCAGAUAGAACUUACUUUGAAGGCACUUGGGCUUAAGGUUAAUUUUUAAUGGGAGGUAUUCUAUUUUCAAAUGGAGACUUUUUUGUAAGUAAACAAAUUGAUUUCUAAUAUUAGAUUGGCACUGCAACCAAUGGAGAGAAGGUAUUCAAAAAUGGUAUAACAUAUGAUGGGGAAGUCUAAUAUGGAAUACCCCAUGGUAAAGGAUAAGAAAAACACGAAAAUGAAAUUAUUUAUGUUGGAAAUUAUCUCGAUGGUAAGAAACAUGGAUAAGGAUCAUUGCAUUAUCAAGAUGGAUCGAGUUAUGAAGGAGAACAUCAACAUGGAUUGGUUACAGGAAAAGGUACAUUCAGAUAUUCUGAUGGUACCUACUAUUCAGGAUAGUUACUAAAUGGUGUAAUGCAUGGCAAAGGAAUUCUCAUUGAAACUGAUGGAACUAUCUAUGAAGGCGGUUUUGAAGAUGGAAAAAAAGAAGGAAGAGGCAUUUUGAAAUUUCCUGAUAAUUCUCAAUUUGAAGGGUAAUUUAGAAUGGGCAAAAGACAUGGAAAAGGUAAAAUAAUAAAAAAAGGUGGUUAUGUUUAAGAUUAUGAAUUUAAAAAUGGAGAAUAAAUAUAUCCAAAAUGA